UGAUAUUAAACUGAAUUAUCGACAUAUGGUGCUUCCAAGAAACAGCCAAGUUACUGUUACUGUAGGGCAUAUAAAUAAGAUGGUCACAACGAUUCUUUUAACACACACCAAUUAAUCAGAAGCUCUUAUCAAAUAUCACAUUACUCACAAUAACAUAACAGACAAUGGGCAAAGUUUAUCCUCAUCAAGAAUCCACAACAUCCUCUAAAUCCCAUGAUCAUUGUCUCAUCAGCAGGUCUAAUAAAAGAGAGAGAUAUACUGUAUGGAUGAAAUCACUUGUUCUACACUCCAAUGGUUGCACUGUCUAUGAUUCAAAGGGUAACAUCGUUUAUCGUGUUGAUAACUACGACAAAAAAGGUAAAAGAGAAGUCAAUCUCAUGGAUCAACAAGGCAAUCUUCUCUGCACCAUCAAAAAGACAUUACUAGCUUUUGGAUGUUGGGAAGGCUACAAAUAUUGCAAUAAUUCAAGUUUAAAAAGCCAAGAGGAGCAACCAUGGUUCAAAGUUAAAAGAUGUCAUAAGGUUUUCUCUGGGAAAAUAGCUUGCCAGAUUAAAGUGGGGUGCCAAAAUUUGUGUAUAGAAAGAAUCAGUAUAGGAAAAUCAUUUGCUUUUAGGAUUAUAAACAAAGAUGGAGAAAUCAUUGCAGAGGCAAAGCAAAAACUGUCGUCAUCCGGGGUUGUUCUGAGUAAUGAUAUUCUAACUUUGGAUUUGGCGGCUGGCACGGAUCAUUCUCUUAUAAUGGCUUUGAUAACGGUCUACGGAUUGAUAUGCGGUAAAAUGUAGUUAUUUCAUACUAUAUGCACAAUUCAUUUGAAGGCUAUGAUUCGGAAAACUUUUUGAUUUUGUUCACAUUUUCCAUUGUUUGUUGUCUUGACUAGUAUUUAGCUCAGUUUGCAUAAAAAGAUCAUGAGCUUCACCUGGAUCUUUUUUUUCCACUGAGCAUCAUCAGGAUCUGUAAUUAGAGAGAUAUGUACAUGUACACAUAUAUAAAAUUUACUAGGAUCAAGUUAAUGCCAUAGGAUAUAUAGUCAGAUGGUAAAAAGUUAGAAUGUGUAAUUUCAUAUUAUUAUCUUUGCUUUCUUAAUUCAAAUAUAAAUUAUACUAGCUUCAAAAGAA